GAUGUGUUCAUAGGCCUGAAACGAGACGUGUCCAGCUACGGGCAGCGGUUCCGGUGGAUCAAUGACCUGCCCCUGGCGUACACCGCAUGGGACGGCGGGGAGCCGCUCGGAGGUCAUAUCCAAGGAUGCACCGUCUGGAAUUUUAACGUGACCGUGUACACGGAGACGAUAUUAGCAGAAUCGAUACGAGAAGCCUGGAAACGACUGCAAAACAGGACCGAGUACGAGAACAUCAACGACGGCUGGUUCAGUAUAGGUUGUGGUUACAAGAACGCCCGAUACUUCAUGUGCGAAUCAAAGAAGGCGCCUCAGUUCCGUGACGGGCGAAUGCCGAACAUCAGCAAGGCCAGCGAUAGAAGCGUGAGGGCGGCCGUGGCCAGAGGC